AUGUUGCACGAUCAGGCUGUGUAUGCUGGUCUCGCCGUCAGCCAAUCAGAAGACGGCGAGAUCGACUAUUGUAUUGCUUUGCAUGACGGAAGAUACACCAUCAGCAGCGAAACCAAGCCUUUGGCCACGGCGCGAAGCGCACGCAACUCGUCCGACGACUCGUCAAAGUCCACAUCAAAUGUGUCCACGCCUGAAUCGGAACAAGAUGCCCCCGAGGCCCUGAUCAGCGCAAUCACCACCUUCUUGAGUGAAUACCGAGAGGACCGUGUCUUGAAGCCCAUGGGCGCUGGCCUGACUGCCGAGCUCCACCGUCUGAGCCCUCAUCUAGCCGUGCGUCUGUGGCAGGAGCUUGACAUCCUACCCUUUGUUUUCCCGAUUGAGCCACAUGACAAAACCGAGCACACGUCGAUGCCUGUGGACCAACAGGCAGAGUACAUGGCUAGGAAGGCCUCCAAGCGCUUCAAUGUCAGGGGCGAUCUUCCAGUUCAGAUGGGCCAUCGUCGACAGGUCUUGGUUGAUCUUGACGGGUGCGUGAAAAUCACUGAACUCGACAGCUACAAAGAUACCGUCAGGGCCGACACGACAGGAGCUGCAGCGAUGCACUAUGCCAACUCACUCAAGAAAAACAACAUCAAAAUUGCUUUUUUCAACAGCACAGCACAGGGUGGAGGGGUAGCAUUGAUGAGACACGCGCUAAUCCGAUAUCUGCGCCUUGUCGGAAAUGAUAUUUUCCGAAUCACCAAAGACAACCACAACAUCCUCCAAGGCGUAGCAAGGGACGGCGAGCGCCUGACUGAAGAAAAGAUGGCCAAGCUUGACGAAUGGGUCCUUGAAGAGGCAGCAAAGUGUCAUUGGACCGAGUUUGGCGGUCCACUCUCUGCUCGUGACAAGGGCGGUGCCGAUGUGAUUAUCGUCGACGACCCCCAGAUGCCUAGCCUCGUGAAGAUUGCCAAAGAAAAGGAUCCUGCCCGUCCCGUCAUCUUCCGUAGCCACAUCCAGGUGCGGGCCGAUCUUGCUGACCAAGAGGGAACAGCCACGUCCGAGGUGUGGAACUGGAUUUGGAACCAUAUCAAAGAUUGUGACAUCUUCGUCAGCCACCCUGUUCGCGCCUUUGUUCCCAAGAAUGUCCCUCCAGAGAAGGUGGGAUUCAUGCCUGCCACGACCGACUGGCUAGACGGACUCAACAAGCACAUGCACCACUGGGACGAGCAGUUCUACAUGCAUAAUCUUAGAGUUCGGUGCUUUGAAGUGGGUAUGCGUCCGAUGGCCCUCCCGGAUCGUAAGUACAUCACUCAGAUUGCUCGUUUCGAUCCGUCAAAGGGAAUUCCAGAUGUUCUUGCAUCAUAUGCUCGCUUGCGCAAGGUGUAUAUGAAGGACGCCCCUCUUGAACAGAUUCCACAGCUCAUCAUUGCUGGCCAUGGGGCUAUCGAUGAUCCUGAUGCUACAAUAAUCUUUAAGCAGGCGGCAGAUGCAUUGGCAGGCGACUACAAAGACAUCAGACAGGACAUCAUCAUGAUGCGUAUCGGCCCUUCGGAUCAGAUGCUCAACACACUCAUGUCUUGUGCCCAUGUUGCUCUACAGCUCUCCACUCGCGAGGGUUUCGAGGUCAAGGUCAGCGAAGCACUUCACAAAGGUACUCCCAUCAUUGCAACUCGUGCUGGCGGCAUCCCGCUUCAAGUUCAGCACGGCAAGUCUGGUUUCCUUGUGAAGCCUGGCGACCAUGAUGCAGUCGCAAGGCAUCUCUACGACCUAUUCACUGAUUCUGAACUGCACACAACCAUGUCCGAGUAUGCCAGCCACCAUGUCAGCGAUGAGGUCAGCACGGUAGGCAAUGCAUUGGCUUGGCUGUAUCUGGCAGACGAGCUUGCCAAGGGUGAGCAUAUCAAACCCAACGGCCAGUGGAUCAACGAUAUGGCUAGGCAGAAGGCUGGCAUUCCGUACAAGAAUGAUGAGGAUAGGUUGGUAAGAGAUGUGGACCUGACAAUUAAUUGA